GUGCACUCCAGAAUUCGUCUGCACACUUGAUGCGUUGGCAGCGGGCAGUUUCCGUGCCGGACAGCAGUUUUGCUGAUGCGUUUGCUGCCAUACACUUGGAUUGUUGCGGCGAUCGUUAUAAGCUGCUUCUAUGAAUAUGUUAAGACAGUUAUGUAGACUCUGUGUGACUAUUUGAGCGAACUCCAACCAAUGCUCAGCGGCCGCACUGUCCUCGCACAAACGUUCCUCGGAUUCGUCGAUCGUCAGCUAACAGACGUCCGGACGGACUUUGAGCUGCAGCGAUAUGGGGAAUGCCGAAACCCACGAAGGAUCCCCGCCGCCAGACUUGCUCAACAGACAUCUCGACCUCAGCGUCAAAGUUGACGACCGCUCUUUCCACAAGCAUAUCAGCGGCGACCACAGCGAGAAAAGCCUUACGGACCUUCCGUGGGGCCUCAGAGACGCUGUUUCGUUGUAUGAAUCGCUUAACGUGUCGUUCAACGAACUUACAACGUUGCCUCCCGAGACGCCGUUCAGACUACCGCACCUACGCGUGUUAGACCUGAGCUACAACCGGCUCAAGUCGCUGCCGGACAGCAUCGGGUUUCUCUUCCACCUCGAAGAGUUGCUAAUUCCUUUCAACCAGCUCGACUCCAUACCAGACUCGAUAGUCUACUUAAAGGUACUGCAAAAGCUUGACCUUUCACACAACUCCAUCACACGGCUCCCCGACAACCUGGGGAAAAUCACGACCCUGGUCAAACUUAACGUGAGUCACAACAAGCUCACGUCCCUGCCAAAGUCACUGGGGAAGCUGCCCAACCUCAAAACGAUUCUUGCCUCUGGGAAUGUCGACAUCACGAGCCCACCACUUGCAGUAUGUGAGACAGGCUCGGAUGCCGUCCUACAGCACCUGCGAAAGUCGGUCCGCAUACACGAGAAGCCAACACUGCGAGCUGUCGAAUGCAACCAGUUUCCGAGAGUGCGUGGAAACCUAGUAGCAACUUCAGUGCCGAACCUCCACUCAGCACAUGCACAGUACUUGCAGAUACAGACUGACACUGUGAACACUGCAAGCCGUAUCAAGACUCCACUUCUUCCGCCUAUUGGUGCGACGAAAUUGGAACCCAAUAUACUUACGGACAGGAUAACAGGCCUGCUGUACGGGGCUGCCAUUGGCGACGCAAUUGGCAUUGCCACUGAGUUCAUGACUGUAGAUGAGUGCGCCUUCUACUAUGACCCACAGUGCCUCGAGUAUACAUCUAUAAGGAGAGAUGAGCAUCGAGUGCGAUGGAAGCAGGGAGACUGGACAUGCAAUGCUGAUCAAAUGUUUUUAGUGCUCGAUUCAUUGCUGCGAUGGGCUGGCGUUGUUGAUGAACUCGACUUCGCGAAACGACUUGUAUCCUGGAAACGUUCUGGUGUGCCUGAGCUUGGCGAUGCGGAAGGUUUCCUCCUAUCUGACCUCACGAAGCUGGUACUACAGGAGGAAGGCUACAUGAGUGCCCCACACCAAGUAGCACUGCAGGUGUUCCAACGAAGCCAACCUGCCUGCAACAAUGGCCUUGGCAAACCACAUGACGCUGGUGGCACGCCAGUUCUGGUUGACAAUGGCUCCCUGACAAGAGCUAUUGCGCUAGGCAUACCAGUGUUCCACAACUUGUCAGAGGUUGCAUCAAACUCUGUGCGGAUAUGCCUAGCCACUCACCCAGAAGAACAUUGCAAGGCGGCAUCAGUGGCCAUUUCAACAACCCUUGCAACCAUACUACAGGGUAAGCACAACCUGUACAGCUGCGUGGAUGUGGAGAGGCUACAUGACACAGUGUUCCAGCUAUCAGUGAAGCAGCUGACAAGUGAGGGCAACAUUGCAAGCUUCAAGAAAUGCUUUGAAGCAAGUAGCUUUGAAGAGUUGCAGCUGAAUGAUCAGCAGUUGAGCAGUCACCCAUUCAAGUCCUUAUCUGCAAGCAUCAUGGCUCUCAAGCAGUGCACUGAUUACAGGUCUACCAUCAGCCGCUUAGCCAUGCAAGGGGGCCACAGCAGCGUCAACUGCUGCCUAGCGGGUGCCUUCCUCGGCUGCCGGGACGGCUUUUCGGCCCUGCCCGAGUCCUGGGUGCAGGGGCUGCUGCCUAAACAGCGCGCAUGGCUCAACGAGCGUGUCAACAGCCUGCUCGACAAAAUGGGCCUACCCUGAGCACCACCAGAGCUGCCUUCAAUGAAGCUGUUCUCACUUUUGUUAGAAACCUCGCAACCAGAGUGUUGGUUUGUGGAACUGGUGGCACGUUGUGCCAGUACAGCCUCCAACGAACUCAUCUAAAGCGUGGGAGCAGUUGACUCGGGAGUGCAUCUGUGCUGUCUAGUGUAGGCUACUGGUUUAAGAUGACUUUCUGAGUUCAUACACAACCACAUGGCCUGGCACAUAGCUUCUUACAGUUACCUAUAGAGUGAAGAGUGGCGCUGUAGCGCUGUUGUACGCACGGCAGUGAUGGGAAGCGAGGGUUUCAGAUCGCUACCUUUUUCGUAGCGCCAGGCUCAUUUGAAGACAUGUCCGGCAACCAACAUUCCAUCCAUCAUAAUGGUUUGGUCUCUAUAAAACAGCGUGUAAGAUACACUCUUUCUCCUUGUUAAAAAUUUCAGUUAAAGCAAGAACACUCAUACUAGUAUGCAGAGUUAUACAGAAUGGGAACAAUAUCAAUGGUGCGUUGCUAAAAUUAGAGAAAAGAUGAGGACCAUGUUUACUGCGCAUACACUUCAGUUGUGCAUUUUCAUUUUCUUUGUUUACUUGGUAUACUAUACAUGAGCAAACAUCGAUGCAUGAGGUGUUAUGGGAGAACACCAAGACCUUUUAUGAAGAUGUAAUGCCAAGAAAUCUGUUUAUUUGCACAGCAGUGCCACAUUUUUGGCCAAGCCACGUCCACGCUAAGCCAAACUAUCCACAUCUGGGCAUUCCCAUGGAGUCACACUGUCCUUUAAGAUACUUUAGGUAGUGUUAUAAGAAGCUCUGUGCCCUGGCCAGUGGCAGCUCAUGCUUCUUAGGCACCUGUUGGCUUUUAUGAUUCCCUUGUAUCACUGACACCGCUCUAUGCCAGACGAGCAAUAGCCAAGUUCUGAGGUGAAAACAUGCCAGCUGCCAUCUUUGCUGCACAGAAGAAAAUAUGCGGCAUUGCAGUCUCUUCUUUUGUGCUGCAAGUUACAAAUGCUUCGCUUGUUCCCUAAAUCUUGUCUAAGGAGCUUAAAUUUUGAUAUGUAUACGUGUGCAGUGGUUCUGCAUGUUCAGCUCAUGUAAAAAUUCCGAUGUGACAUUGUGAAAAGUGCUACAUUGUAGAGAAAAAGCUUGUACAUUAGAAUGCUGCCUGUUUCAGGACGAUAUUAUAGGAAAAAGAAUAUUGUAUAUAGCGUUGUUGCAGGUAAUUUUUAGCCACACUUGUAAUCAAGUCAGGAUGAACCGCAUGUUUGAGCAGUUGGCUGCAAAUGUGCCACCACGCCACAACAAAGGCUCGGGUGAUGCAAAAAAUAGGAAAUGAGCUUCUUUUUCUGCAAAACAGUAGAAAAUCAUUGAUAUGUUCUGAAAAAGCAGAGAGGGGUUAGUGGAUAGAGAAAACAUAUAUAAUCCGGCAAAAAUUAGCAUCACCAAAUACAGACAGGGUAGUAUAGAGUUUUAACCGAUUUGUAUACUAGUACAUUUCAGCAUUACCAUACCAGCGGAAUACUGGGAUGGAGCCGCAAACAGCAGCAUUGGAGACAUCUUGUGAUGCCAUGCUCAAGCAGGUCAAACGGGCUUAUUUGCAUAAUUCUGUGGCUCUACUUAUCUGUUGGCCUAACAGUGUUCCACAGCGACACAAACUUCACAAUACUGUACUUUUUCCCACCAGAAAGUGUUAGACAAAGAAGUUAUAGCACAUUUUAAGUUUGAAUGCACCGUCACCAGAUGUUGCCACAAGUGCUGCUAUUUGUGUUGCUUUGCGUUUCCAUACCGGUAGUAUUCUGCUAUAAUCCUAACACUUAAUGGUAGCAAAGCAACUAUAAAACGCUUGUUGUCAGUGCUGUUCACGGUGAAUUCAAGAACUGAGAAAUCAUAUAAACGAGGCUUUACUGCAGAGACAGAUCUAAAGGGCAACUGAAGAGUUUGGUUACUAAAGCUGUUAAAUCUGGUAGCUGAUAUUUUUUUUUUCUUUUAAGGUUUAUGCUUCAGGGUUAGAAAACUGCCAACUUUGACGGCGAUGUCUUAUUCCCAUAAUACGCUAUGCCUUCCUUCUUUUUGGCAAGUUGUUAUCAAGUUCUGUCUAUGCUUUUCUCAUUAUAAAGUGCUCGGGUGCCAUGCUGGACAUGGUCGAAUUCCGUCAUAUUGCCAACUUUGCAGUCUUGUGAGUUCUGAUUGGCUAAUGCCCUCUUUGAUUGUCUCAAACGCUAAUAUGGCAGAGUUUGACGGUGCAUAGAAUAGCACCCCUGGCCUGAUCCAUUUUCCCGAGUGCUUUCUCGUGGUGAGCAUCUAUCAUCUUGAUGUGCCUUUGUCACAUUAACGUACUGCCAGUGUACAGUUCCCAUUAUUUACGUUGAUAUGUAUAUGUGAGACAGCACAUAUGGAUGAAACAUGGCCAGCUAGGUGUUCAUGUAAAUAUAAUCUCGCACCAUCUGUGGAAUUCCGGUGGCUCCAACCACAUUUAGACAAUCAAGAUGUAUACAACAAGUCAGUGACAAAACUGUGAACAAAAUUUACAAACCAAAAUUAUUUUGAGUCCUGAAAAAAGGAAAUAUUUCUUUGCUUUUGUAUUUUUGUUUUGCAGUCUUUUAUCUAGAGGCACAGCCUGAAGGUUUGUUGUUCCUACAGCACGAAAAAAUUUAGUUCCUUCAUGGCUUGUGUGGCAUAUUUACUUUUUCCGAUGGCUGUAUGUAGAUGAAAUGUGCAGGGAGGCUGCAUUGCAUUGCAUGUGAAAGUUGAAAACUUCACAAGAGCUUUAUAUUUUUAGCAGUAAAUGCUUUGUUUAUGUUGCUAUAUAUAUGUAUGCUUCUGACAUAUUCAGUUCAAACUAGGCAACUUUUUGGACUGCUGCAUCUAUAAAAGCUCUCUAUCUAGGUGUAAAAGUGCCUCCUAUCUAUAAAUCUGUAACCUAUGGCUUCUACUUUUCCAUCUGCGUUUACAACAGAGGAAGAUUUACAAACUAGAAAUGUGCGCCAUGUGUGCAAUGACUUCGUUGUAGAUAAAUGUGCAAUCUCCCUGCUUCUUGCAUUAUGUGGAAGUCUUAUCUGUGAUAACAUAUAUGCUUGGCGUGGCAGCUUAAAGAGUAGGAUUUGUUAUUUUGUAAAUUUGUGCAUGCUCGAACAACAACGAAAAAAGAAGGCAGCAGGAUGCAGCACUCGCAAGCUUCAGUAGGCGGGCUUUUCCCUACUGGUUUCUCCAGUUUUCCAAAGAAUUCAGCAACAUUUUGAAAAUUCUGCUAGCUUUUAAAUACCAUCAAGGAGCUUCAGAACAACAUAAACCCAGUUUCAUUGUCUGCUGCGUCAACCACACACACUCAGUCGCACUUAAUCCCACACGGCGGACAGUAAAGAAGUGGCACAACACAUGAUCUGGCCUCGGAGAUAAGAAUCUUCCACAUCAAGCUUUGUCACACUCAUCAAUAUGCGACAAUCUGUAGAAUUCAGCAACAUUUUGAAAAUUCUGCUAGCUUUUAAAUACCAUCAAGGAGCUUCAGAACAACAUAAACCCGUUUCAUUGUCUGCUGUGUCAACCACACACACUCAGUCGCACUUAAUCCCACACGGCGGGCAGUAAAGAAGUGGCACAACACAUGAUCUGGCCUCGGAGAUAAGAAUCUUCCACAUCAAGCUUUGUCACACUCAUCAAUACGCGACAAGAGUGGUCGUGUGUGGCUUGGCCUCAGAGAUUGGGAGUGGGCGUGUGCAAUACUGAAGGCCGUGUUACGCGUAACGCUUCUUUGUUGCCUGCCAUGUUGCAGUGUGUGCUACAAAGUCUGCCAGCUAGGCACGGGAGGCACUGAAAACAAGUAGUGUGUGGCUUACCGUGCCCUCUGCUAUUUCUGUGAAUUUUGAAGAAUGUUUGGAUAGGAAUAAAAAUUAACGAAAGGGCCUCUUUGCUUACAAGAGCUCUUUCUUGAUUGAACUUACUGUAAAUGUGGUUGCAAAAGUCAGCUAGCCCGGUGACUUAUACUGAUGUCACAAAGACACUCUCAUUGGUCAUUGAACAGUGAACCCUUUGAGCAGCUCUCGUGAAAAUGAAAGGUCAGCUACUAGUUCUGAGAACUAAACAAUGGCAUUUAAUUCCCAUCUAAAAGCAGCUGCAGCUACCAUACAUCCUAAAUAGGCUUUAGAGUAUAGUUCAAUAACCACUAAUAUUGUGAAUGUGAUAGCUAUUGUAGAUGCGAGAUCAUUUAAAGACAAUAGGCGGGAACAACCUGAGCAAGAAUGGGGUUUCUGCUUUCAGAAACCACUGAAGUAAUUGCAGAUUUGCAGAUGACAAAGGGGAAACAAUGUCAGUGAAUAUGGAAACAAACAUCUUUUUGAAAUGCCGUGCUUAUAAAUUUGACCCACAUAGGGACCAAUCCCUCCUUUUCAGGCUGCUCACUGAAACAACUAAAUGAUGAUAACUUUGUGUAUUGUGUGCUGUGAAUAUAUAGGUUUAUGUUAGAAAUUAAUUAUGGACAGUUGACACUUCUUUUUGACUAACCUUUAAUUUUUGUUGGGAGAAUCUUUUUGCACAUUUGGUUUCAGCUAUUCGUAACAAGGAAAUGUGCUAUGAAAUAUUGUACUGAAUUGUUCUGUGUUUUAAUGUCACAAUGAUGAAAAAAAAUAAUAAAUAAACUGUCUCAGUGGUCUUUUGGAA